GAAGAAGUUUUCCCUUUUCGGCGAUGGGACAAAAAGGAUGCGACAGGACGAGCGAUGACUUCAGUGUAAUUUCUGAUUUCGCAGCGGUUCGAACGUGAGCGCGGUUGCGAUAAUCGAAGGACUCGCUUUUUGAGGAAGUCAGCACGAAUUCUUCGUACUCGCUCUGGCACUCGCAAUCGCACUUCGUUAAGCAUCCGCCGUGGAUGCCGAAUGUCCUGCGGUGCACUUUCAGUCGAAUCUCGACGUUCGCCUGCAAUGGAUCAGGGGAUUCCCCAGCGGCGGCUUCCGAAAUUCAACCAAGUAGAGCGCGAAAAUUGAACGUGAAAUCGCUGGCAGGAUAUGUUUGCCGGAUAUGUCAACGUAGGCGGGUUCCACCAGCCACCUCCUACCUCCGGCUUACUUCCAACCAAGUGCUUCCUCCUCGAGUGCUAGUGCUUAAAAAGAAAAUACAAAAAUACAAAAAAAAGAAGAACCACAAAACAAAAUAGCCAAAAAAAAGAUAUAAAGCAAAAAUGUUGGCCCUGAAAUGGAUGAUGAUGAUGUCAUGCCGCAUUGUCCUGGCCAAAAGUGAAAGUGUUGUUGCCGCUUUUCCGGCCACCGGUGACACAUGAGCGGCUCAGUCAUGUGCCAUUAUCCCUCAAGUGAACAGCCUCGUAAUUAACUGUAAAAAAAAAACCGUGUAAUAAACUCACUGCAAAAGAAUAGAGAUUUAGUGAAAUUAGCCAUUAAGGAUUAUAGCGAAAUAAAGGAUAUACGCCACCCGCAGAGCUAUGGAUACUCUUUUAGUGUUCUUUUCUGUACUGCUGCUGCUCCUUUCGCAAAAUGCUUCAAUCCUUGGCCAGUUGGACAGUAGCAACAUUGGGGGGAGUGGCAUGGGCAUGGGCAUUGGCCUAACGCCCCCCGCCACCCAUCCGACCACCCCUCCUCUCAGAUUGCAGCCCUCGACGCCAUCAAUAACGCAUUUUGUAAAUGACUCCUUCAUCAUCUUCUGCCAGACGGUACAAAAGGAUAUCGACACCAAGUGGCGCGAUCCCCGCGGACAGACCCGUGAGAACACCAAGGGACGCGUCCACAUCGAGAAGAAGACGACGGGACCUCUGGCUUUAGUUUUCGAGCACAUCUCACUGGAGGACAGUGGCAACUGGACCUGCGAGGUGAACGGGAAUAGAAAUGGGAAUCGGAAUGUGAAUGUUGAACGUGAAUUUUUGGCCUCCUUCGAGCUGCUCGUAAAUCAGAAAAUCUCAUUUGGCAAGACGGAGCAAGUGCAGUCGGUGCGCGAGGGACGCGAUGCGCUGGUCAAUUGCUUUGUGGAGGGAAUGCCCGCGCCGGAAGUCUCCUGGCUCUACAAUGGCGAAUAUAUAAACACUGUAAACUCGUCGAAGCACAAUCGCCUGUCCAACGGUCUGUACAUCAGGAAUGUGAGCCAGGCGGAUGCCGGGGAGUACACGUGUCGGGCGAUGCGUAUAACAUCUACUUUUUCGGAUGCCGAUCAAAUAACGAUAUUGCUAAGGAUACAACAUAAGCCGCACUGGUUUUUCAACGAGACCCUGCCCGUGCAGUACGCCUAUGUGGGCGGGGCCGUGAAUCUGAGCUGCGACGCGAUGGGUGAGCCGCCGCCAUCUUUCACCUGGCUGCACAACGGCAAGGGCAUCGUGGGCUUCAAUCACCGCAUUUUCGUGGCGGACUACGGCGCCACGUUGCAGUUGCAGGUGAAGAAUGCCACCCAAUUCGGGGACUACAAGUGCAAGGUGGCCAAUCCGCUGGGCAUGCUGGAGCGGGUGAUCAAACUGAGGCCGGGGGCCAAGCCCUGGGGACCCACGCGAUUCCAACUGAAGAAGCUCUUCACCGACGGCUUCGAGCUGGACAUCCAAAGACCCCACAUGACGAACGUCUCGGACGAGAUGCAGAUCUAUGGCUACAGGGUGGCCUACAUGAGCGAAACCGAGUUCAAGUUCAGCGCCGGCAACUGGAGCUAUGCCAAGCAAAGGGACUUCUCCUUCCAUCGGGGCAUGCGUUUUUAUAUCCCCUAUUUGGAGACGAACACCACUUAUCUGAUGAGGGCGGCCAGUCGGAAUCUCGCUGGAUUAAGUGACUGGAGUGCCGUGAAGGUCUUCACCACAGCCACAGGAUGCAGCUGGAAUCCGUCGCUAUUUCCAAUAUACGCAAUCAUUCUCGCUUUGAUCUGGACAUAGAGCUUGUCCAAAACCCAGAAAAAGAAUACCAUUCCAUACUCGUUAUUGUUGCUGCUGAGUUUUCUAUUUUAUUGUAUCUUCUGUGAUAGAACUUUGUGUGUGCAAUUCACUUUAACCUAACCCAAAAAUGUUUAGAGAAGGGAAUUAUUAAACCAAAUUGCUGCUUUUUGCUAUGUAUAGACGAUAUCUGUUCAGCCUAUUGCCAAUUUUUGCUGCCAACAUUUCAUUCAUCAACCGCAUUUUUUUAUACGUUUUUUAAGAGAAAGACCUAAGGAAAUUAUUACCGAACGAUUUUGGCGACGGGGUGGAAUUCUUAGGAUACACACAAUACAUAUGCAUUGUCAACUCUACCUUAUAGUUAAAUAUGAAAUGCCCAACUCUACAUAAAUGUUGUUCAAGCUACAAACUAAAAACGAUAUACAAGUAAAUCCAAACAAA